GUUCACGGUAACCCCGCCCAUUUCUGCCCGCUUUUGCAGAGGGUUGCUAAGCAACCAGGAGUUUCCGGUGUGGUGUGCGCGAGGAGUGAGGGCCAGCCUUCACCAUGAACAAAGAUGCUCAGAUAAGAGCGGCUAUUAACCAGAAGCUGAUUGAAACAGGGGAGAGAGAGCGCCUUAAAGACCUGUUGAGGGCAAAACUAAUAGAAUGUGGAUGGAGAGACCAGCUGAAGGCGCACUGCAAAGAUGUAAUUAAUGAUAAAGGACUAGAACAUGUCACAGUUGAUGAUCUGGUCACAGAGAUUACUCCCAAAGGCAGAGCCUUGGUGCCUGACAGUGUGAAGAAGGAGCUUCUACAGAGGAUAAGGGCUUUCCUAGCCCAGAAUGCCAGUCUCUAGCCAGCCUUUGUGUUUUACAUGUGAAAAAUGUCUUUUGCACAGUUUUUUUCCCAUUACCAUUUUUUUACAUAAUUUGUAGCAUGUUUUGACAAAAUAAAAUCGCACCAAAUUCAUAAA